CCCGGACACAUGUCUGAGCUGCAGCCUGAACGCAGAACCAGCAGCGAAUUAACUGGACUUCUGGUGGUUUUCUGGUGGUUUUCUGGAGGUUAUGCUGGUUUUAAUCGUUUAUCAUGAAUUUCUGCGAGGCUAAAUCGGAGCUGAAGCAGCUGCUGAGCAGAGUGGAUCCGUCCGAGCUGCCGAAGCUGCUGGACUGGAUGAAGAACUCGGAUGAUCUGGAUGAUUUUCUCCUCGACAACAGAACCGUGAUUCUCCAGAACAUUUCCGACGACCUCAGAACUCGUUUACCGCUGAACGCCAUGUUAGCAUCUGAGACCACCGCCCUCCUAAAGAUCCAGCAGUGUUCUCGGCCGACCCUCCACGUCGACAGCUUCCUGUACGAUGAAGAUCAGGUGGAUUCUCUGUGUGAAAACGGAACCCUGAGCAGAACGUUCUGCCUCAACUGUGGAUCCCAGAGAACAGCAGCUCUGGACUUCGUCUCUCACUCGUUCUCUAUCUCUGAGCUUCGGUUCCUUUUCCAGAACAUUCUUCCGGAUCUGAGUGGCAGAACUUUGGUGGACGUCGGAUCCAGACUGGGAGCGGUUCUGUACGGGGGUUACGUCUACAGUUCGGCGUCUCGUCUCUUGGGUCUGGAGAUCAGUGAGGAGUUUGUUCAGCUGCAGAACGAGAUGCUGCAGAAAUACCGACUGACGGACCGAGUCCAGGUCGUUCAUGCUGAUGUUUGCACGCAGGAAGUUCUGCUGCAGAACGCCGACGUUCUCAUCAUGAACAACGUUUUCGAGUAUUUCAUGGAGCCCAGCGAGCAAAUGAGAGCAUGGCGGUUCAUCAUCCAGACCUUCAGGAAGUCGGGUUCUCUCCUCGUCUCUGUUCCCAGUUUGCAGGAAAGUCUCGGCGCUCUGCAGCAGGAGGCGCUGCUGCCCGGCUGGGUGGAGGAGUUACCUGUGGACUACAACGUUUACCUGGGCAGAGACUCCGACCCCGACAGCCUCCGACAGAUACACCUGUACAGAGUCAUGUGACCUCAGAUACACCUGGACAGAGUCACGUGAUCCCUCUGUAUGAGGUCAUGUAACUUGUUUCAUCCAAUCACAUUCUCCAGUUGGUCUAAAUUAGAUUUUUGGUUCUUUUAUGAACAAAACAAACAAAUAAAAUUCUUCUUUUUGUGUUUUUCA